AUGGCCGCCGACCAAUCCACCCCGGGCAACACCGCCCAAGCAGAUGUAUCCUCAGAGUUCAGGUCCUACUACCUCCAGAGAGCAACCAAGGAAUUCUCAGAGGACCUUGACCAAGUCCGGAACGCCAAGGACUUCAACAAUGAUGCAAUUGCCAUGCUCAUCCACGCGUUGCAGCAAGGGACGACCAUGUUCUCGGAAGAGGACCAGAAGAGGAUCUUUGCCACGGGGCCGGCGGAAGCAGCAUCGGCCGGGGGAAAGAAGUCUCCCUGA